AUGAAGACAGAGGAAAGACAUUUUAUGGAUCUGCUGUUAAAGGGGGACUUGGAAGCAGUUACUCGAGGAGUGCAAGAUGGACUUUUCUCCUGGGAAGAGCUGGACCAUCCUCACAACGCUCAGGGUGACACUCCUCUAAUCAGUGCCUGUCAGAUGGGCCUGGACGUGGUCAUGCAUUUUCUUUUGGGGAGAGGAGCAGAUGUAACCCUGUGCAACCACAGCAAUCAGACAGCACUGCAUGUGAGUCAGCCAGACCUACAGAAGGAGUUGUUGGACUCCUUGUUGAGCCCUUUAGCCCAUCGUGCUCAGCUCUUAGAGGUGGCCUGGAGAGGGGAUAUUGACGCCCUACAGCGCCUGCUGUUUGAGGCAGACUCUAUAGAUGUGAACGUCCAGAACCAGGAUGGCUUGACCCCACUGAUGCUGGCUGUUAGGGAUGUGGAUCUGUUUGAGGGAUUUCAGGACACCAUGGGAUUGGACUAUGAUCCUGUUAAAGUAGUGAAGACACUGCUGGCUCAGGCUGCAAAUACGGACAUCCAAGACCGAAAGGGCUUCACUGUUUUUACGUACAUCUCUCCGAUCAAGAGCUCAAUCAAAGAUGAGCUGCUCCAGAUCAUUUUAGAAGAUCAGACUCAGUCAGUGCCAGCGGACGUGGUGCCAGGGUUUCAUUUCCCUGCAGAACGCUGUAACCAUUCCCAAAGCAUCUCUUCUCCAAACCUGUUUUCCACCCUGGACAACGUGAGGGAUGCAAAGGAACCAUACGCAUAUAUUGAUGUUCAAGAAGAAGACAAAAAUUUCCACCAAGAUAAGAUCAUUGCCUUGUGCCUCCAAAGCACGACAGAGCCCAAGAUGAACAGCAAGGCAACUGGGUGGACAACAUUCCCAAGCUUGAAGGAGAGGAACAAAUGUUGGACCAGAUUUGGACUCCUGUAUACUACCUCUGAUGUUCCAGUAAAAACAUCUUUAGUACCCAUACCUCCAAGGCUUAAAGAGAAGACCAAAACCAUUCUCGAGACUCCUCCAGCACCACAUUACUCUCAGCUUAGCCAAUCCGCUCCAAGUCUGGGCCCCCUUGAUGCAAGCUUUCUACAACAAGUACAAACCAAUAUACAUAACAGGCUUAGUACCAGUGAUGUUAAUGGACAAAGGGGUUCACCCCCUGUUCUGUGCUCACGGACCCCAAAACAUUUGGCUCCACUUGACCCAGAGUACCAGGACGAGUGUGGGCUUUUAAACUUCCAGCGUCCACUGCCACCCAAGCCGACCAAUCUCUUAUCCAUUGGCUCCAAGGAAACAACAAAGAGGUUCUCCCGGUUGAGCUUCAGAACAUCAAGAGGCACAGGAAGGGGCAGUGAGGAGAGCAGCUGCAGCAGCCAAAGCUCUCUGGAUGAGGAGGAAGAAAACAGCUCUCAGGAGACAGGGCAGAUCUUUGGAGCCAUACAAAGAGCACACAUUGGUCUUUCAUCUGCUCAACAACUAAUGAAUUCUGAGACUACCGAACACAUAAAGUCCAAUAAAACGGAGGCUAUGAAAUCUAAAUUUAUGAGGUGUCAAAAACUUGAGGUAGAGAUGACGCAGCAGUCUGUAACAGAAUUUUCUAACCUUUUUAAGAGGGCUUUGGGGACACAACACAGAAGUGCCACUCAAGAUGUAUGUGAGGAGAAUAGGACAAUAUAUUCAGAAGAUGCUCCAAAAUUAAAAAAAAGUGUAGAGUUAAUACGACCUCUUUUAAAUAAAUUUGAUGGACCUGACGACACAAGCACAGAUGGCAGACAUGCACCUGGAGAGGGACAGACUUUUGUUGACAAUGAACAUGCCUCCUCCGUGAAUACUGCCUUACAUCCCACUCAGGAGGAAACCAGUAAUGCCAUUAAGAUAACCAGCGCUGAGGAAAUAAUAUGCAUAUCUUCUCACACUAUCCAAACAAUUAUCUUGGACCAAAUAAAUUUAAGACAGGGCUUUGGAAAGCCAGAAAGGAACAAAAGGAAUCAAGGAAUUAAGAAGAACAUAACAGGAGGUAAAAAGGUAAUAGGUAAGGUUAGUAGUGAGGAGAUUGGAUUGGACAAAUUGGAUUGGACAAAGAUGACACCUGUUAAAGAUGUUCCCAAACUCAAGGAGGGACCCUUGAACCAGAGGAGAAGGACUCCAGAGUCUCUACAUCAAGGAAGGUUGAAUGGAACAAAAAAAAUAUCAAACAAGCUCCAAAGUCAAAAGCAACUUCUCAACUGGGACACAAAGAAAACAGCAAGGCAAGGUAAAAGGCAAGGGAUUUUAGGUCCGCAGCGAACAAAAUCCUCUCUGGACCAUGUUAGCUACAGGGACAUGUUCGUGGAAAUCCAUCAGGCGGAUGAAGGACCAGCUAUUUUCGAAAUGUUUGCCACGCCAAUAUAUGAAAACCUUAGAGCAAGCAGUUCCGUAGGCAGGCCCAAGCAAGUGCAGUGUGCCCCUCAGUUUAAGAGACAGCUAAGUGGACAACAUAUAGCUCGCAAACCUAUAGAGGGUAACAGAAAGAAACAACGCAAGACUUCUAAAGGUAAAGAACGCAAGAAGAAGCAAAUCCAACCAGCUGAACUAGAAGACCACGGACAAGAUAUUGACCUGAAACAUGAUGUAGGUGUAAUACCUGGCACUGGGGGAAAUCAGAAUAGGAAGCAUCAAAUUCUGAUCAGUGAGGCAGAUAAGAGGCAUGGGUCAGACGUAGCAUUGCAGCCUGAAUGCAGUCCUGUGCUGUCAAUCAUCAAAGAAAUUCCUUCAGAUACAGAGUUAAGGAUAGCCUUUAAUAAUCAGCAAGAUUCCUCCAGCUCAAUUCGCUCAAACAGAAUACGCUAUCUUAGUAAGCAAUUCUUACAGGAUCGUAACAAUAAUAAGGAGGACAUCUUUGGAGACCAGCUCCCAUCACAACCCUUGAUCAACACGUGGACGACUGACAGGACAAAGUCACCUGUAUACCAGAGAUUUUUAGACGAAGUGGGUGAAGGGCCCAUUACGGACGAUUUGCUGAAACGUUUGGCCGAAGAAUUGAUUUCACUGGAAGAAAAAGAGGUGGAGACCCUGAAGUCAGAGAAUCCAGAAAUGACAAACGAUGCUUCAUCAAAACACAAGGAAAUCCUUUGUGAGGUUACUCCUUUGGACAAUCUGCUUCAUGCUGAGAGGUCCAGUGUAGAUGAGACAAUCACAUGGACCAAAGGGGAAAUUCUGGGUAGAGGUGCCUAUGGAACUGUGUACUGCGGACUCACGAGUCAAGGCCAGUUGAUUGCCGUCAAGCAAGUGACGUUAGACGUCUCCAAUUCACAGACAGCGAUGAAGGAAUACGAUUGCCUGGAGAGGGAGGUAGAUCUUCUGAAAAACCUUCAUCAUCACAACAUAGUGGGAUUCCUGGGCACAACUCUGUCAGGACACGUAAUCAGCAUUUUGAUGGAAUACAUCCCAGGAGGCUCCAUCUCCAGCGUCCUCAAUCGCUUCGGACCGUUACCGGAGAAGGUGUUCGCCUUGUACACGCGUCAGAUCUUAGAAGGCGUGAUUUACCUUCAUGGCAACAAAGUCAUUCACAGGGAUUUGAAAGGAAACAAUAUCAUGCUGAUGCCCAGUGGCAUCAUCAAGCUGAUCGAUUUCGGCUGUGCUCGACGCCUUAACUGUUUGACGCACAGCGGAAGCCGUAGCGAUUACUUAAAGUCUGUGCACGGAACACCGUACUGGAUGGCUCCUGAAGUGAUUAAUGAGACUGGUCAUGGCAAGAAAUCAGACAUCUGGAGCAUUGGGUGCACAGUCUUUGAAAUGGCCACGGGAAAGCCACCACUGGCACAUAUGGGCAAGAUGGCAGCGCUGUUCUAUAUCGGGGCACAAAAGGGUUUAAUGCCUUCACUGCCUGAUGACUGCUCUGAAGAAGCUAAAGACUUUGUACAAGCAUGUUUAAUCAAUGAUCAGAAACAGAGGCCAUCAGCAGCAGAUCUAUUACACCAUCCUUUUGUCUCUCACCUCUUGCAGCCUAUGGGUAGCACACCUUCAAACGCUCACCAAUAAGCUCAUCAGAAAAACUCAGUUUAAUCCGUACCAAUGUGUUUCUUGAAAAG